AUGAAGGAUUUAACAAACAUGAAAGAGUGGGUCAGGAGUUGGUUGUACAACCAUAGUGGUAACAAAAAGCCCAGGCACAAGGUUGCCAGGCAUGGAAAGUAUUUAAGUCUGAACCAAGUGCUCAACAUAGUGAAGAAGAAGGAGGUGGAGAAGAGGAUGUGGGACCUUUACAGAGUCAAGCCAGGGCAGUCAGAUUAUAUUGGUAAACUGCAGAGUGUCCUGAAGGCAAUGUUGACUGAACUCAGCGAGGAGGAGCUAGCUGAACUAAAAGUGAAGUGUGAGGAGUGGUAUAUUGAUGGGCCAUUAGAGAAAGUGAGACAAAAUCUAUGGACCCCAGGUCUCAAACUGGGUGUCUGGUUACUGAAACAGAGUGCUUUAAUUGCAACCAUGAGCAAAAUAACAAAGCCAGGUUUGAGCUUUUUAGCAAGGUACAACCCAACUGGCAAAACAUAA